AUGACUUCUUUAGAACAUCAGAGGCGGUUAAACCUAAAUCUAAAAGAUGUUGUUAAGAAAGAGAUAAUGAAACUUCUAGAAGUUGGUGUAAUCUAUGCGAUUUCUGAUAGUAAGUGGGUUAGUCCUGUUCAUGUAGUUCCUAAGAAAAGUGGGAUCACUGUGGUUGCUAAUGAAAGGAAUGAAUUGAUACCUACUAGGACAGUAACCGGUCAUCAUUUCCAUUCACCCAGACGAUCAGGAGAAGAUGACUUUCACGUGUCCCUACGGAACUUUGCCUACAGGAGAAUGCCGUUUGGGCUGUGCGACGCUUCUGCGACAUUCCAGCGGUGCAUGAUGUCUAUUUUCACUGACCUAAUUGAGGACAUAAUGGAAGUUUUCAUGGAUGACUUUAGCGGUCCUUCAGCGGUCUGA